GCGCUCCAGCCGGGACCGGGCGGCUCCUCCCGUCCCCGCCCCCUGCGCGCCCGCCGGGGCCGCGGAGUGGAGCGCGUGGCCGCGCCGAGACCAGCGGAGCCGAGCCGGGGGCGCAGAGCGCGGGAGGCGGCGGCGGCGCGGAGCCCAGGUGGCGCUGCCGCCGGAUGGGAGUGCCCGGGCCCGCACACCAUGUCAUCAUGCGUCUCUAGCCAGCCCAGCAGCGACCGGGCCGCCCUCCAGGAUGAGCUGGGGGGCGGGGGCAGCAGCGGCAGCGAAGGCCAGAAGCCCUGUGAGGCCCUGCAGGGCCUCUCGUCCCUGAGCAUCCGCCUGGGCAUGGAGUCCUUCAUCGUGGUCACCGAGUGUGAGCCGGGCUGCGCGGUGGACCGCGGCCUGGCCCGGGACCGGCCCCUGGAGGCCGAUGGCCAAGAGGUACCCCUCCAUGCCUCCGCCUCCGGGUCCCAGGUCCGGCCCCAGCUCUGCGGUCGCAAGCUCUCUCUGCAGGAGCGGUCCCAGCUGGACGCGAAUGGACGCUGCGUCCACCCGGCCCUGUCCCACUCGCCCGUGGGCUCCCCGCAGUCGUCGCCGAGGCUGCCCCGGCGGCCCACGGUGGAGUCCCACCACGUCUCCAUCACUGGCAUGCAGGAUUGUGUACAGCUGAAUCAGUACACACUGAAGGAUGAAAUUGGAAAGGGCUCCUAUGGCGUGGUCAAGUUGGCCUACAAUGAAAAUGACAAUACCUAUUAUGCGAUGAAGGUGUUGUCGAAAAAGAAGCUGAUCCGACAGGCAGGCUUUCCACGUCGCCCGCCGCCCCGAGGCACCCGGCCAGCUCCGGGAGGCUGCAUCCAGCCUAGGGGCCCCAUUGAGCAGGUGUACCAGGAAAUCGCCAUCCUCAAGAAGCUGGACCACCCCAAUGUGGUAAAGCUGGUAGAGGUCCUGGAUGACCCCAACGAGGACCAUCUGUACAUGGUGUUUGAGCUGGUCAACCAAGGGCCUGUGAUGGAAGUGCCCACCCUUAAACCACUCUCUGAGGACCAGGCCCGUUUCUACUUCCAGGACCUGAUCAAAGGCAUAGAGUACCUACACUACCAGAAGAUCAUCCACCGGGACAUCAAACCUUCCAACCUGCUGGUGGGAGAAGAUGGCCACAUCAAGAUUGCCGACUUUGGCGUGAGCAACGAGUUCAAGGGCAGUGAUGCGCUUCUCUCUAACACCGUGGGCACACCUGCCUUCAUGGCGCCUGAGUCGCUCUCAGAGACCCGGAAGAUCUUCUCUGGGAAGGCUUUGGAUGUUUGGGCCAUGGGUGUGACGCUGUACUGCUUUGUGUUUGGCCAGUGCCCGUUCAUGGACGAGCGGAUCAUGUGUUUACACAGUAAGAUCAAGAGUCAGGCCCUGGAGUUUCCAGAUCAGCCUGACAUAGCUGAGGACUUGAAGGACCUGAUAACCCGCAUGUUGGACAAGAACCCAGAAUCAAGGAUUGUGGUGCCAGAAAUCAAGCUGCACCCCUGGGUCACGAGGCACGGGGCGGAGCCGUUGCCAUCGGAGGACGAGAACUGCACGCUGGUCGAGGUGACCGAAGAGGAGGUCGAGAAUUCGGUCAAACACAUUCCCAGCCUGGCGACCGUGAUCCUGGUGAAGACCAUGAUACGGAAACGCUCCUUUGGGAACCCGUUUGAGGGCAGCCGGCGGGAGGAGCGCUCAUUGUCAGCGCCUGGAAACCUGCUUACCAAAAAACCAACCAGGGAGUGUGAGCCCCUGUCUGAGCCCAAGGAAGCAAGGCAGCGAAGACAGCCUCCGGGGCCCCGACCCGCCCCCCGUGGGGGAGGAGGAAGUGCUCUUGUGAAAGGCGGUCCCCGCGCCGAGAGUUGGGGGGCCCCGGCCCCCGGCCCCCGCGCACGCAUGCAUCCUCUGCGGCCCGACGAGGCGAUGGAGUAGCUGCCCGGACGCGCGACCUCGCAUGCAGGCUGCACCCUGCGUUUCCAUAGCAGCAUGUCCUACGGAAACCCAGCACGUGUGUAGAGCCUUGACCGUCAUCUCUGGUGUUUUUUUUUUGUUUUUUUUUGUUUUUUUUUUUUUUCCCCUUCCUUUGUUGUUUUAAAGGGGACAAAAAAAAAAAGACUUGACUCCAUGACAUCGACCUUGGCCGCUGGCUGGCUGAACGGGCAGGUGUGAGGAGUUGCAGACCCAAAGCCACAUGCAUUUUGGGACAAUUGCUUUUUAAAACGUUUUUAUGCCAAAAAUCUUUCAUUGUGAACUCAGAACCAUGUCAGAUAUACCAAGUGAAUGUGUGGGGUUUGAAAAUCAUGAAAAACUGGCAGAAAACUCUGGCGGUGUGGGCUGAGACCACAGAGUUAGUUGCUGCGUUUAAAAGGGAGAGGAAGACGGGGUGUGAUUCCUCCUACAAACCCUGAAACCCCCGAACUCCAAGCCAGUUGGCACCUUCCAGGACUGUGGACUCACGGAGUCAGGGCAGGGCCAGCCCUUAGUAGCUGCAGGGAGCUUCGAUGCAACUUAUUUGUAAGAAGGACUUUAAAUUUUUUUAUGGGUGGAAUUGUAGUCAGGAAAAGGGAAAGGGCUUGAAGCUUAAUUGCUUCACAAAGGGGGAUUUUCCACCCCCAGAAGGGUAGUCUGUGCUUGUUUGGGGAGGGGGGAAAGGGUUCACCUAAAGGACUGAUGGUCACAGCAGGUUUCUGAAAUAGUUAACUGAGCUCUGGUAAAUCUCUUGUUAAAUUACAAAAACUUCAGGGUGAAAUCCUACACUUCCAUGUACAUUACAUGGCUUAAGAGUAAACAAAAUAUUUUCAAUUCUCUAACAAGACUGAACUCUAGAGUAGUUCAGGGGUCAUUUCGAGCUUCCAGGAUAUGUUCCCCGGCUUCAGGCAUGUUAGAUCCCAGUUAGAGCCUCUGCCUGUAUAUUAGCAGUUUAGCUUGUUGGUAACUUGUGUAUUCUAGAGACGCCAAGGUUCUGUUUUCUUAAAUACUAGCUGAUUGUUGUAGUCUGUGAAACAUUUAGUUUCUGGGGGGCCAGUUAUGAAAUACUUUGAUUCUCAUCCUGACAGGCAAAGUUCUAUUAGGAUCUACCCAAUCACUCUGGGGCACCCUUUUAGAGAAGAUUGUUGACACCCAGAGCAGUCCUCAGGGUCCACGAGGACCAGGGCUUGGCACAGGGAGUUCUGUUUUGUAGCCAGAAGUCCAGAGAGAAAAGGUUUACCUUUUUGACUUCCAACUAAUACUGGGAACUUUCAUUGCUAUUCAAGUGCAACUUUUUCCAGAGCCAGACACGGGUGAGUGUGAAGUUCAAGGGGGAGGAAAACUAGAAGGCCUUUGCCCUGAGAAAUUCCCAGUGCUUUGUGGACUCUGGCUUGGGGGAAAUAGCAUCAGUAACUGGGUCCAGAGGCCAUGCUUUUCUGUAGUUUCUGUCUGAUCAUUAUUGGUAGGAGGACUUCUUGGAGAGAGACAGUGAAGCAAGGCCUUCCUGCCCUUGCCUGGUUUAUUCACAGAACCUGAGUGUUACUGGCUUCCACAGAUCUUUGUAAGCUCUUGAGUGUCAUUUAUUUAGCCAGACUUUUCUUGAUAUCUUGCAAACAAUACAGAAUUAGGGAAUGCUGGUUUCUAAGAGCAAAGGACACCCAUCAGAUGAAGGGUUGUCUGGCCUGCUUACUUUCUUUUUUGUAACCUGGUACUUCCUCUCGCAUUCCUGCGCUUGUUUAUAUAUAUGGGCAACACCCCUUCUGGGAGCAGAUGGGGUCUGGUUAGUUUGCAGUAAGCACCUUGCGGUAGUUAAAGUCACCCUGUCCUAGGUCCCAGCCUGUCUGUGUGGACUGUGGCCUGGCCGAGUGGCUUGCCCAGGGAGGGCGGGCAGCAUGUGGAGCUUCUGCGUUCUAGAACUUCUGUGUUUAUACAGCUGCAUCAGGCAAGACUGUUUCUUCCACCAUGAAACUCCCCAUGUCGGAUUUCCUCCUAUGGGUAAUGCCGGCUGUUUAGGCGGGUGGGUGGGGGGGAGGCCCGUAUUCAUAACUUUUUUUUUUUUCCAAAGAAUCACCAAAGAAAGCUGUGGGAAGGAAUCACUACCCCCAGAAAGUAUAAGCAGAGGGCCGUACCAUAGAGUGUAGAGCUACCAUUCUCUCAGAGCACAAACAUUGAUUUUUCAGAAGCCGGCUCUGUCAGGAAAGGGGAGAAGCUGUCACGGGCAGCUUUUCUAGGUGAGCCAAAGGAUGCCCUAUCAGUUUCUUCCAUUGCUGGCUCAUCCGUGGGACCAAUUUGGUAUAAGCAACCUGGGCCCUUGUGCUAGUUCUUGCUCCUUCUUCCUCUGCCCUGCUCCACAGCCCCCGUCUCUUCCGCAGGCUUACCAGGGGCUCGCAGAAAGCCUUAGCUAGACCCUCAUUGGCUCUGGGGGCUGCAGAGGCUGGCUUCCCAGGGUCUGGCCUUUCCUGUGAGUUAGGGCUCCCAUCCUAAAAGCCCUUUUGGAACAAGGAGGCGAAUACCUGAGCAUUUGGACACACAGGCUCAACCUAUUCCUUUCACUCAUCUUCCAAAGGGGAGCUUUGCGUUGCUGGGCGAGGAAGAACCAUGACCUCCACUUGCUUCCAAGGUGCUAGGGAAUGUUUCCAGGUCGUCGGUUCCCAUCCUCUUCACAGCUUUAUGGGCCGAGUUCUGUGGGACUGCUGAGUUUUCUAUUCUGUGUUUGAUUUAAUGCCCGAUGCUUCUGUUUUAUUCCUGAUCCUUUCUACUAUGCAUUUUCCUUUUAUCAGGUGUACAAAGUUAAAUACUGUGUAUUUAUCACUUAAAAAGUACAUGAACUUAAGAGAAAAAUAAGCCUUUGGUGUUUUUUCCACAGAUGUUUAAGCUUCUCUGUAAACUUGAAAUAAACAGCAAAAUGGUGCAAA